AUUUUAUCACAGAUUUUUUGAAAUAAAACUAACAUUUCCUUGUAUGAAAUCCUAAACAUCAAUCCCGAUUUGACUAGGUUAGUAUUAAUUAUGAUAACUAUGGAACGUUUGUUUGAAGGUUAGGAUAUAUUGUUAAUGUGAUAUCUUUGUUAAAGAUUCAAAUUACAAUGAAUUCCAAUGAUUUUCAGAUUAGAUUAAUUAACGAUGAAAAGGGUAAAGGUCUUUUUGCCCUCCGUUCAUUUAAAGAUGGUGACAUAAUUUUGGAAGAGAAACCUCUAGUUUGCUGUCAAUUUUCAUGGAAUUUAGAGUAUAAAUAUUUAGCUUGUGACAAUUGUUUGAAACCAUUAGAAACUGCUGAAGAAAAUGUACGCAGAUUGACUGGGAAUUCAACAAUUAUUUUACCCCAUAUUGAAUGCUGUGAAACAAAAAAAGAUUUGAUUACAGAAUGUUCUGAAUGUGGUACAAAAUAUUGUAGUACCGAAUGUCAGAAUGAAGCUUAUUUAAGGUAUCAUAGUACAUUAUGCUUACAUUCAAAAGAAAAAGAUGAGUCUCAUCCACUUGUACAGUUAAAUGAAACAUGGAAACAAAUGCAUUAUCCACCUGAAUCUGCAACAAUAAUGUUAUUAGCUAGAAUGGUAGCCCUUGUUAAUCAAGCCAACAGUAAAGAGGAUAUGCUUUCAACUUUUUCACAAUUUUGUCAUCGUACAUUUAAUGAUGCACAUGAAAUUGCACAUAAACUGUUAGAAGAAAAGUUUAUUGGUCAAAUUGAUGUACUCAGACAGAUGAUGCAAAAAGCUUUAAAUACAGAAUUGACAGAGCAUUGGUUUACACCAGAUGGCUUUAGAAGUCUGUUAGCUCUUGUAGGUACAAAUGGUCAAGGAAUUGGAACUAGUUCAUUUAGUCGUUGGGUUAAAAAUGUAUCUGCUUUAGAGUUACCAACAGAAGAAAGAAUUUAUGUUGAUAAAUUAAUCGAUCGGAUUUACGAUGAUAUGGAAGAAGUGGUAGGUUCUUUUUUAGAUAAUGAAGGUUCUGGUCUUUAUACUCUUCAGUCUGCAAUAAAUCACAGUUGUGUACCAAAUGCAAUUGUAGAAUUUCCCUACUCAAACAAUGUAUUAGUUUUAAAAGCAAUACGUAAUAUUCAUCCUGAAGAGGAAAUAUGUAUAAGUUACCUUGAUGAAUAUGAUUUAAAAAGAAGCAGACAUUCGAGACAAGCAGCUUUAAGUUCUUUAUAUUUAUUUGUUUGUCUUUGCAGUAAGUGUUUAUCGCAAGCGAAUGAUCCAGAUUUGACAUCGGAAGAUGAAAUAGAUGAUGAUAUGUCCAGUUGAAAAUAUAAAUUUUCAUAAUGUUCAUAUGUAGAGAUGAAUUUUAUGCGUAAAUAUAAAAUUUGUGGUUUUA